CUGACUCGAGUCAAGGGACUGUGGAAGGGGUCAUGACCAACGAGACACCCGCCAAGUCUUCACUUGAUAUUAUUUUUGAAGAACCAGAGCUUGAAGAGGACAGAGAGUCCAUCUCAAGGGCAGAGACACCCAUUCCUAUAACACCGCUCACGCUCGCUUGUGCAGGAGAGGAUGUGUUGCACGAUUUCGGAGACAGUUGCUCACUCUAUGCCGAGCAGAACACUAUCGAUGUUCGACUCUCUAACUGUGCUCUUAACCUUUCAUUUCACGAGCACGAUCGUGACCUUGAUCAGACGGGGUAUCCAGACUAUCACGCUCUUCUUCCGGUAUCGGAUGAGUUCGCACAGACUGGUGGCAUAUUGGAGAGCUAUGACUCAGGCGAAGAAGUUGUGCGUUUGAAACCUCCCCAACCUCCCGAUCCUGAGCCACGGGUCGAACGUAAGUUCUACGAGGACGACGAGGACCUCCCGCCCCUUGACGAUUGGUACCUGAGCAUCGCUCAACGUACCAAUAUCACGCUGUUCUCGUAUUGAUCCGCUACUUUACUUUCUGUUCUAUUGCAUGCACGAUACCGCGGAUGGGUGAUAUCAUACAUCAUCAUGCAUCAUGUACCACAUUCGCUCUUCGCGCAAUGCCUCGGAAUUCUAUUUGUAAUCUCAUUGGAGAAAAUCCUAGUUUUCAUUUUGCCUGUCGGGCGCUUCUCU